AUGUCUCUAUGCACAGGUCUUACGCCAUUGAAGCACGAGUAUCAUUACACCGGUGAAUUGACCGUGCCGGAACCAAGUACGCCGGCUCGAAUGCAAGUUCGUUUUCCUCUUAGUGUAGCUGGAAGUGCGUCUCACGUAGUAUUCGCCACGGAUUACGUGAACUACGCGGGUAUCUUUACAUGCCAGAAGCUGACGUUCGCCCAUCGUCAGAGUGCGACGAUCCUUUCCAGGCAUCGAGAAUUGGACAAGCAAUACGUAGAUAAUCUACGUCAAGCACUGACUUAUUACGGUGUGGAUCCUUUCGACUUGAGCAUCAUUUCUCAGUCCGGAUGUCCUCAUGGCAACAAUACCUUGGACAUCAACGUUGAUCCGAAUACUUUCACAGCUGAGAAUCUUGGAAAUGUGGUCCGUAAAGCUGGAGAGAAACUAGGAGAUGGUGUCCAAUGGGUGGCCAAUACAGGAAGCAAAGUGUAUCAUAAAUUGACAGGUAGCGAAGAGAAGAGCACGAGCAAGCCUGAAGAAAACACCAGAGCAGCUAUUACGAAGAAUUACGAAACGAACGAAGUCGAAUGGAUUCCAUAGAUUUAAGUUCAUUUUAAAUGCGUCGAUCUCUAUAAGGAUGAAUGCUUUUUCC